GUUGGAUGAGGGACUUGAUUGCGCAAGACAGCAUGAAAUCACAUGAUCACUCACCCAGUUGAUCAUGUGACCAAUCCAUUUUUUGUAACAACCGCGGAGCAGCAACGUGAAACAACAGAUGAUUUGAUUCAUCUCGCUUCUAUAACACGGAUUAGCUGGUUUCUCUGAACUCCAGAGGAGGCGAAACCCAAUUAUGAGAAUGUUGAAGGAGACGCUGUGUGUUCUCCUGUGGGCUUCUCUGGAGGCAACACAGUCAAGGGGCUGCUCGAGUUUCUUCUGCCGGAAAUCUCACCGUGUCAGCAUGCUCUCCAGAGGAGCCGACCCUGGCAAGCCGCUCUUUCUCACCCCCUACCUGGAAAAGGGCAACAUCGAAGAGGCACGGAAGCAGAGUCUGGUAGGUCCCCUGCCUGGUGCCAAUGUGAAGAGUUAUGCCGGCUACCUCACUGUCAACAAGAAAUACAACAGCAACCUCUACUUCUGGUUCUUCCCUGCUCAGGAGUGGCCUGAGACUGCUCCAGUCCUGCUGUGGCUGCAGGGGGGUCCUGGGGGCACAUCUAUGUUUGGGCUGUUUGUAGAACAUGGACCCUACGUUGUAUUGAAGAACCUAACAGUGGGCUACAGAGACUAUCCCUGGACAUCCAGAUACUCUGUUCUGUACAUUGACAAUCCAGUAGGAACAGGGUUCAGUUUCACUGAUGAUGACCGAGGCUUUGCUCAGAACCAGGAUGAUGUAGGCAGAGAUCUGUACAGUGCAUUGACUCAGUUCUUCCAGAUCUUCUCUGAGUAUCAGUCCAAUGACUUCUAUGCUACAGGAGAGUCCUAUGCAGGAAAGUAUGUCCCAGCCAUUGGUUACUACAUCCAUAAGCAUAACCCCAUUGCUAAGGUGAAGAUCAACUUCAAGGGAGUUGCCAUUGGAGACGGCCUCUGUGACCCAGAGCUGAUGCUGGGAGGUUAUGGUGACUUCCUGUACCAGACAGGUCUGAUAGACCUGCUCCAGAAGCAGUAUGUUGAGCAGCAGACAGCCAGCGGGGUGCAGCUCAUCCAGCAGGAGAAAUGGGUGGAGGCCUUUGAGGUAUUUGACAGCUUGCUGAAUGGGGACAUUCUGCCGUACCCCUCGUUCUUCCACUGUCCUCUUGUCCUGCAGGUAUUUGACAGCUUGCUGAAUGGGGACAUUCUGCCGUACCCCUCGUUCUUCCACUGUCCUCUUGUCCUGCAGGUAUUUGACAGCUUGCUGAAUGGGGACAUUCUGCCGUACCCCUCGUUCUUCCACUGUCCUCUUGUCCUGCAGGUAUUUGACAGCUUGCUGAGUGGGGACAUUCUGCCGUACCCCUCGUUCUUCCACUGUCCUCUUGUCCUGCAGGUAUUUGACAGCUUGCUGAAUGGGGACAUUCUGCCGUACCCCUCGUUCUUCCACUGUCCUCUUGUCCUGCAGGUAUUUGACAGCUUGCUGAAUGGGGACAUUCUGCCGUACCCCUCGUUCUUCCACUGUCCUCUUGUCCUGCAGGUAUUUGACAGCUUGCUGAAUGGGGACAUUCUGCCGUACCCCUCGUUCUUCCACUGUCCUCUUGUCCUGCAGGUAUUUGACAGCUUGCUGAGUGGGGACAUUCUGCCGUACCCCUCGUUCUUCCACUGUCCUCUUGUCCUGCAGGUAUUUGACAGCUUGCUGAGUGGGGACAUUCUGCCGUACCCCUCGUUCUUCCACUGUCCUCUUGUCCUGCAGGUAUUUGACAGCUUGCUGAGUGGGGACAUUCUGCCGUACCCCUCGUUCUUCCACUGUCCUCUUGUCCUGCAGGUAUUUGACAGCUUGCUGAAUGGGGACAUUCUGCCGUACCCCUCGUUCUUCCACUGUCCUCUUGUCCUGCAGGUAUUUGACAGCUUGCUGAAUGGGGACAUUCUGCCGUACCCCUCGUUCUUCCACUGUCCUCUUGUCCUGCAGGUAUUUGACAGCUUGCUGAAUGGGGACAUUCUGCCGUACCCCUCGUUCUUCCACUGUCCUCUUGUCCUGCAGGUAUUUGACAGCUUGCUGAAUGGGGACAUUCUGCCGUACCCCUCGUUCUUCCACUGUCCUCUUGUCCUGCAGGUAUUUGACAGCUUGCUGAAUGGGGACAUUCUUCCGUACCCCUCGUUCUUCCACUGUCCUCUUGUCCUGCAGGUAUUUGACAGCUUGCUGAAUGGGGACAUUCUUCCGUACCCCUCGUUCUUCCAGAACGCCACUGGCUGCACCAACUACUUCAAUUACUUGCAGUGUCAGGUAGGUACACAGAGCGAGGCUUACAGACACCCAGCUGAUUGAAUAAGGGUCAGGUAGGUACACAGAGCGAGGCUUACAGACACCCAGCUGAUUGAAUAAAGGUCAGGUAGGUACACAGAGCGAGGCUUACAGACACCCAGCUGAUUGAAUAAGGGUCAGGUAGGUACACAGAGCGAGGCUUACAGACACCCAGCUGAUUGAAUAAGGGUCAGGUAGGUACACAGAGUGAGGCUUACAGACACCCAGCUGAUUGAAUAAGGGUCAGGUAGGUACACAGAGCGAUGCUUACAGACACCCAGCUGAUUGAAUAAGGGUCAGGUAGGUACACAGAGCGAGGCUUACAGACACCCAGCUGAUUGAAUAAGGGUCAGGUAGGUACACAGAGCGAGGCUUACAGACACCCAGCUGAUUGAAUAAGGGUCAGGUAGGUACACAGAGCGAUGCUUACAGACACCCAGCUGAUUGAAUAAAGGUCAGGUAGGUACACAGAGCGAGGCUUACACAGACACCCAGCUGAUUGAAUAAAGGUCAGGUAGGUACACAGAGCGAGGCUUACAGACACCCAGCUGAUUGAAUAAAGGUCAGGUAGGUACACAGAGCGAGGCUUACACAGACACCCAGCUGAUUGAAUAAAGGUCAGGUAGGUACACAGAGCGAGGCUUACAGACACCCAGCUGAUUGAAUAAGGGUCAGGUAGGUACACAGAGCGAGGCUUACAGACACCCAGCUGAUUGAAUAAGGGUCAGGUAGGUACACAGAGCGAGGCUUACACAGACACCCAGCUGAUUGAAUAAGGGUCAGGUAGGUACACAGAGCGAGGCUUACAGACACCCAGCUGAUUGAAUAAGGGUCAGGUAGGUACACAGAGCGAGGCUUACAGACACCCAGCUGAUUGAAUAAGGGUCAGGUAGGUACACAGAGCGAGGCUUACAGACACCCAGCUGAUUGAAUAAGGGUCAGGUAGGUACACAGAGCGAGGCUUACAGACACCCAGCUGAUUGAAUAAGGGUCAGGUAGGUACACAGAGCGAGGCUUACAGACACCCAGCUGAUUGAAUAAGGGUCAGGUAGGUACACAGAGCGAGGCUUACAGACACCCAGCUGAUUGAAUAAGGGUCAGGUAGGUACACAGAGCGAGGCUUACAGACACCCAGCUGAUUGAAUAAGGGUCAGGUAGGUACACAGAGCGAGGCUUACAGACACCCAGCUGAUUGAAUAAGGGUCAGGUAGGUACACAGAGCGAGGCUUACAGACACCCAGCUGAUUGAAUAAGGGUCAGGUAGGUACACAGAGCGAGGCUUACAGACACCCAGCUGAUUGAAUAAGGGUCAGGUAGGUACACAGAGCGAGGCUUACAGACACCCAGCUGAUUGAAUAAGGGUCAGGUAGGUACACAGAGCGAGGCUUACAGACACCCAGCUGAUUGAAUAAGGGUCAGGUAGGUACACAGAGCGAGGCUUACAGACACCCAGCUGAUUGAAUAAGGGUCAGGUAGGUACACAGAGCGAGGCUUACAGACACCCAGCUGAUUGAAUAAAGGUCAGGUAGGUACACAGAGCGAGGCUUACAGACACCCAGCUGAUUGAAUAAAGGUCCAGUUAAAUUACCCAGAGAAGAUUUCCUGAAUGAAAUGUGUCACCAGGCUCAUGUAACGGAUGUGAAACGCUUAGUUAGCGGUGGUGCGGCUUUUGUGUAGCGGUGGGUAACGAUGCUUCGUGGGUGACUGUUGUUGAUGUGUGCAGAGGGUCCCUGGUUCGUGCCCGGGUAUGGGCGAGGGGACGGUUUAAUGUUCUACUGUUACACUUCCACACAGAUGCACGUUUUCCAUAAAGGUUCUAUAAUAACAUGUAUGUUAUGGUUCUCUCUGCUACAGGAGCCUGCAGAUCAGGAGUAUUUCUCCCAGUUUGUGACUCUGGCAGAGGUGCGGCGCUCCAUCCACGUGGGGAACCUGACGUUCCACGACGGCUCGGAGGUGGAGAAACACCUGCUGCAGGACGUCAUGAAGAGCAUCAAACCCUGGCUCGCCACGCUCAUGGACAACUACAGGGUGUUGAUUUACAGUGGUCAGCUGGAUGUGAUUGUGGCGGCCCCCCUGACCGAGAGGUUCCUGCCCACGGUGAACUGGACCGGGGCUGAUGAGUUCAACAAAGCCUCUCGCUUCCAUUGGAAGAUCCAGCCAGAGGACACAGAGGUGGCUGGAUAUGUUCGCCAAGUAGGGGAAUUCUACCAGGUGAUUAUACGAGGGGGAGGGCACAUACUACCAUACGACCAACCACAGAGGUCCUUUGAUAUGAUUGACAGAUUCCUCUCAACACAGGGAUUUAUUUAAGUGCGGGUCUGAGCAGGAACACAGUUGAUCUGAGUUCUUCCACCUUUUGAUUCGGAGUGUCUCCAGAUUCCCAGUGGCUGUUUAUUUCAAACACAAUUACACAAUUAUACAUGGUAGAGGUCUAUCACCUAGAAAGGAAUACAUGUCAUGGAUAGAGACGUCUGGACAGCUAUGCUGCCUUCAUCAGACUUUAAUGACCUCCUAAAUCCUACUUUAACCCUCAGAUUCUGACUGCACUCUGAUGCACUGCCAAUGAAUUCUCAUGUUUGCUAUUCUGUGGAUCUGUCAAAAUGAAUAUUUUUUUUGACUGUGGGGAAUAAUGAUUUAUAUUGCACAUGAUUAAGAUGAAGAGAUGACAUGCAAUGCAAUUGUAAUAAAAUAUGAAACCAA